GCGUACACUGGCAGUGGCCCUAUAAACCCCAACAACAACAACAACAAGAGAACUGUCCCACCACACUACAACUCUUGCAGUCCUCGGAAGUAGAAGAGACCUUUAAUUAAGCUGCAUAUAUCCUUACAUAGUGGUAGUUAGUGCACGUUAUCCUGAAAAAAAAGUUCUUUGUAGAAGUGCUACUUGAGAAAACUUUUGGGUCAUCCUAGAUUAAUGAAGAAACGUGAACAUGUCUGUUGAUCUGAGUGAAUUGAAGUUAAGUGACUUCCCACCAUGUGUACGACUAGGUCUACGCAAAUUAGAGGAGGUGUUGGCUAUGCCCCCUGCUCCUCAUCUACAUGAUGUUCAACAGCAUAUCAUGGAUAGAUAUAUAUUCUGCUGUAGAGACUCAAGGUCUUCUAAAAUAAGGGCUGUAGGACCAGUGGAAGAACUGGUAGUAGUACGAGAACUGGGACAGCACCUAGGAAAGAUAGUGGAUACUGCUGCUCGCAAUUCUCUCUUUAUCACUUUGUUCCAUCCAUCUUCACAUGAUCCUCGUACACCACACAAACUCCGCAUACUCUCAGCUUUGGUGUCUCUAGCCAUUGCUACGCACAAUGUGUCUGUGCUAGAAGCCACAGCAGUGUGGAUGCAGCAAGUAUGUUGCCUCAGUAGCUGGAGUGGAGAAGUGUGCCGAGGCUUAGUACAGGACUAUUUCCAGUUCACCUCAUCCUCUCCACCACAUUUUGCUGCAGCACUUCGUGCCUUGCCCACUAUGGCUCCUCUCUUCACAGCUAAUCUUAUUACAACACUCUCACAGCUCUAUGCCAAAGUUGGGAGCGGGGAGAUAUGUGAACGUCCACCAGAAACCCUUGUAAGCACUGUUGUUUGGUGGUUGAAAGGAGUCCCUGGCCUUCCUCCUCAUCUUGCCCUAGCUCCACUUACCCAUUCACUACCAGGGGUUUCUCUUCCCAUGACAGCCGUACCCCCUAUUGCACCCCUCAUGAAGUGGUGUGUUGAAGCUCCAUUCUUUGAAAAUACAAAUAAUUGCUCAGAAUCACAGGGAAGAAGAUCAAGUCUUCCUAAACUGAUGGAAGCUGAAGGAUUUUUUGAUAAAGCAACUUCAGCAAAAUUAGGACCAUCAGAAAGCACUAAUUUGUAUUCUCAGCUUCAUCUUUCCAUUCUUCAUACGUUGCAAAAUGUGCCUUCUGUCCGUGCUCGCAUGACACAAAAGCAGGUAUUAUGUCCCAAACAUGUAACCAGUGUUGUUGAUGCUGUGUGUGAAAGAAUCAGAAGCUGUGGACCAGAAAAUGAAGAGGUUAUCAACAUGUCGCUUGAUAGACUAGCUCAGAUCAUAUUAGUUGCAUUACACACAGAAUCUCUUGCUGGAUCCCUUAGUGAUAUGUGGGAUUCGUUGCACAGACUACCUAUAAAAAAUCGUCUUAUCACCACUCUGUUAGCAACUCGAGAAGCCAGGUGACUGCAAGAGUUACAAUGAAGACUGGUUAAUAUAGUGUUAACUGUAUUAUACUGAAUGUGUCUAGAUGCCAUUUCUGUCUUGCAGUUAUUGCACAGAUCUUAAAAGUGGAGUGUGUGUGUCAUUUGUAAUAUUAAUUACUUUAUGUAUGAAAAAAUAAGUGUGAAAUGGAAACCUGUAAUUGUUUUACAUGAUGGUAGGAUUGCUGGUGUCUUUUUUCUCUCUCUCAUAAACAUGUGUGAUAACAGGUAUAUCUUGCUACUUCUACAUACACUUAGGUCACACUACAUUUGCAUGUACAUGCAUGUAGGGGUCGUCCUCAAAAAGGUUGGAGGGAGGGGGUAAAGGAGGUUUUGUGGGUGAAGGGCUUGGACUUCCAGCAAGCUUGUGUAAGCAUGUUAGAUAGGAGUGAAUGGAGACAAAUGGUUUUUGGGACUUGAUGAGCUGUUGGAGUGUGAGCAGGGUAAUAUUUUGUGAAGGGAUUCAGGGAAACCAGUUAUCCGGACUUGAGUCCUGGAAAUGGGAAGUACAAUGCCUGCACUGUAAGGGGAGGGGUUUGGGAUACUGGCAGUUUGGAUGAACAUCUAAACUGUCAUAUCUGAGUGCCUCUGCAAAGACAGUGCAUAUGUAUGAGUGAUGGUGAAAGUGUUGAAUGAUGAUGAAAGUUUUUUCUUUCUUUUUGGGUGACCCUGCCUUGGUGGAAAGCGGCCAGUGUGUUAAAAAAAAAAAUCUGGGUUUUCUUCUGUUUUUUAAAUAGUUCUUGAUCUUCUUUAUUUCCACUUAUCUCCAUGGGGAAGUGGAAAAGAAUUCAUCCUCCCUAAGACAUGUGGGAUGCAAGGGGCUAAUAACCCCUCCUCUGGUAUAAAUUACUAAAUUUAAAAGAGAAACUUUAGUUUUUCUUUUUUAGGUCACCAUGCCUCAGUGGGAUAUGGCUGGCUCAUUGAAAAAAAAAAAAACUUUCAUUUUCUUAUUAAGUCACCCUGCUUUGGUGGGAUAUGGCUGGUAUGUUGAAUCAUACAUGAAAGUCACUGUAUUAACACUACAUUGGAAAGCAUUAGUAAUGAACUGUAGUCUUGGUCAUCUGGUAGUCUAAUGAAAGCCAAAGAAUGAUGAGACUGAAAAUCAGUAGGUUUGAUGCCUUAAUUUUGUCUGGAAACUCCUAUUUUUCUGAGAUUUGGAAUACGAUCUACAUCCUUGACUCCUUUCCCUGAAAUACGGAGAUGAUGAUAUCCUUAGACAGGCUAAAGUAGCUUUUCAUAGACAGCAUCAGUGACCCAUGAUAGUCAUCUUUCCGUUAUACAUGCUACACUGUGUUUUUGUGCUUUGUCUAUUUUCUCCUUGUAACUACUGUUGUCAUGUUUUUUCUUUGUUUACUUAUUGCUGCUUCAUGUCUUUUUUUUGCCUCAUACAUACUUUCUAACUUGAGGGCAAUGUGUGUUGUGAAUAUGAUGCAGAGAAUUUGUAGUUUGGAAAUUAGGAGGAGGUGCGGGAUUACCAAAACUAUUAUCCAAAGGGCUGAGGAUGGGUUGGAGACUGGAAUGAAACAGAAUGACUUUGAGUGUAUAAAUCUGUAGUGGAGGGAAGACAGGGUAGGGGUCGGCCAAGGAAAGGUUGGAGGGAGGGAGGGAGGGUAAAGGAGGUUUUGUGUGCGAGGGGCUUGGACUUUCAGCAAACAUGCGUGAACGUAUUUGAUAGGAAUGAAUGGAGACAAAUGAUUUUUAAUGCUUGAUGUGCUGUUGGAGUGUAAGCAAAGUAACAUUUAUGGGGGGAUUCAGGGAAACCUGCAGGCCAGACUUAGAGUCUUGGAGAUGAGAAGUACAGUGUCUGUAUUCUGAAGGAAGGGUCUUACUGCUGCAGUUUUAUAACUGUAGUGUAAAGCACCUCUCUGGCAAGACAGUGAUGGAGUGAACGAUGAUGAAAGUUGUCCUUUUUCGGGCCACCCUGCCUUGGUUGGAAUCAGCUGAUGUGUUAAUAAAAAGAAAAACUUUCUAACUUGCAUGCUUUUGAGGAAAGGCACUUCUUUCUUUUUCAUAUCCUCUCUCUUUUAAAAAGGGUCAAGAACUCAUGCAAAAAUCUUCAAAAAUGCUUGAAAACAUUUGAAAUAUCUGGAGAAAGACACAUGUGCAGUCCUCCUACAUUGAGGAAAAGGUCUUAGAAGGGACAAGCACUUUUCUCACAGCUAAACAUCAUUUGUGUAUUGCAUUAUGUUUAAACACCCAGUUAAUAUAAAAAAUUGAAUUUAUUUUGUCAAGUAUAGAUUAUUCAUUAAUAUCAAAUUGAGAAUGUACCAUGAAAUUACUGUUUUGUAUAUGUUGUCAGUGAAACAGUAUUAUAUGCUCUUAUUAGUACAUUACAUGGCUGAAGUUUUUAACUCUUUCAAGGUUUCCGACAUACUAGUACGUCUUACGCACCAGGGUUAUUGACGUACAAGUACGCAUAAAUUCUAGCGCCUUCAAAUCUAGCGAGAGAAAGCUGGUAGGCCUACAUAUGAAAGAAUGGGCCUAUGUGGUCAGUGUGCACAGUAUAAAAAAAUCCUGCAGCACAGUGCGUAAUGAGAAAAAAACUUUGACCGUGUUUUUGGUUUAAAACAGCGACUUUGCACUGUAUUUUCGUAUGGUAUUUAUGGUUGUAUUCUAGUUUUCCUGAUCUCAUUUUAUAGAAUGGAAGGCAUAUUACAGAAAUUGAGAUGAUUUUGAUGGGUUUCACAAUGAAAAGUACCUUGAAAUUGAGCUCAAAGUAGCAGAAAUGUUCGAUUUUUGCUAAAGUUCAAAAGUAAAUAAAUUAUGCCACGCGUCCAAUACAUGUCAGCUGGUGAGUCUAAUAUUCUUUCACAAGUGCGCUGAUAUUAUUUAUACCAUUCCUACACUAAUGCAGUAGUCUGCAUAACAGUAAAUCUUCUAUUUUUUUGUGAGAAUAAAAAUUCAAUGUGGAAAGCAAAAGAAAUGUAAGAGGGGCCUGGAGAUGUGACUAAUGAACAGAGGAAAUGUUAUUUUAGUGCCAGGAAUGUCUGUCUUGUUUAUUCUGGACCCUAUUUGGAAAUUGGCAUCUUUUGAAAUUUGUGUGAAAUUGGCAAAAUUGCAAAUUUCUGACCACUUUAUUGAAUAGUUGAAAUCGGUAAAUGGGUGGUUUCUUGUACUCAUUUGAUAGAAAAAAAUGGAGUUCUAGUGAAAUAGUUAUGAUUUUUGUCGACUAGUACACUGGAAUUGUCCGAAAAUAGGGCUCAAAGUGGGCGAAAUCACCAAUCCGUAAACAUCUUUGAAACUGCUAACUUCGCGAGAGCAUAAUUCCAUAAGUUUUCCAUCAAAUUUCAUACUUUUGGUGUCAUUAUGAUCGGGAAAAGAUUCUCUGUCAUUUCAUAAAAAACUAUUUUUUUUUUUCCGAAAAAUUUUUGACCCUGAGAACAAGUUUAGGACAGGGCCUCUCAACCCUGAAAGGAUUAAGUACUGUACAGUACAAAAUUAUACUUACAUGUUUUGUCUUGUAAUUUAAGUGUGCAUUACAUUUUUUUUCUUUUUUUUUUGAAUAUCUUUGCCAGUUUGAUAUACAUAGAUAUAUAGAAUAUGUAUGUAUAGAAUAUAUAUAUAUACCAACUGGCAGAAUAUAUGAUGAUGUGACCUAUGUUGAAUAACAUUACUCUUACAUCAUUGUCUUUAAAACAUAGUACUGUAUACCAACUUUAAUUUGAUUAUGAGAAAACCUGAUUUGGAAAGUAAAAUACUCUGUAAAUAUGAGUACAGAUUUUGGCAUCAUGUAUCAAACAAAAAGAAUUAAAAAUGUAAUGACAAGCAUUAGAACAGAUGAUGAGGUAGAUGUUUUGUAUUUUCUAUGUUUCUUAGUAAAGCUCAUUAAGCUUU